CUCUCUGCGCUAUGCACUAGAGAAAGAGAGAGAGAGAGAAAGGAGUAGUUGGCAAAUCCGGACAAUACAUUAUCCUCUCCUCCCCCUCAUCCAUCCCUCCGCCCUCUCCGAAACAGCGCAGAAUCCUGCUCUGCUCCUCCCUCCCUCCCUCCCUCCUGCAUCUCCCGACCCUCCCUCACCCCCCUCCUGCAUCUCCCGACCCUCCCUCACCCCCCUCCCCGGCCGCCGGAGAUGGCGACGCUGAGAUGCACCAACCACACCCUCCUCGGCUCGCCGACCUGCCUCGCGCGCCCGCGCCGGGCGGUGGUGCGCGCCGCCGUCGCCGUCCAGGCCGAGGCGCAGCCCAAGGUCUCCCUCAUCCGGAUUGGCACGCGCGGGAGUCCUCUUGCUCUUGCACAAGCUCAUGAAACCCGUGACAAACUGAAAGCUGCACACACGGAGUUGGCUGAGGAUGGUGCCGUUGAGAUUAUCAUCAUAAAGACCACAGGAGACAUGAUCCUGGACAAACCCCUGGCGGAUAUAGGAGGCAAGGGUUUAUUCACCAAGGAGAUAGACGAUGCGCUCUUGCAGGGAAGGAUUGACAUCGCGGUCCACUCGAUGAAAGAUGUCCCAACAUAUCUACCAGAAGGCACGAUAUUGCCAUGUAACCUCCCACGAGAAGAUGUGAGAGAUGCAUUCAUAUGCUUGACUGCAAAAACUCUUGGAGAGCUUCCUGCUGGUAGUGUUGUUGGAAGUGCUUCCCUGCGGAGGCAAUCUCAGAUUCUUUAUAAAUACCCAUCACUAAAAGUUGUUAACUUCAGAGGGAAUGUCCAGACACGGUUAAGGAAACUUAAAGAAGGAGAUGUGCAUGCUACAUUGUUGGCACUGGCUGGACUAAAACGGUUACACAUGGCGGAAACUGCAACAUCUGUAUUGUCAGUAGAUGAAAUGCUUCCAGCAGUUGCUCAAGGCGCUAUUGGAAUAGCUUGCAGGAGCAAUGAUGAUAAAAUGAUGGAGUAUCUAUCCUCUUUGAAUCAUGAAGAUACCAGAUUAGCUGUUGCAUGUGAAAGAGAAUUCUUGUCUGUUCUUGAUGGUAACUGUCGAACUCCAAUUGCGGCAUAUGCUUAUCGUGACAAGGAUGGGAACUGUUCAUUCCGGGGGCUAUUGGCUUCACCAGAUGGCUCUAUAGUAUACGAGACAUCAAGAAGUGGAACAUAUUCUUUUGAUGACAUGGUCGCGAUAGGCCAAGAUGCCGGCCACGAACUGAAAUCAAAGGCUGGACCUGGUUUCUUCGAUGGCUUGCAAUAGAAUAUCCACCACGCUCUGAUAGUGUUGAUUUUGUUUUUUACCAUCUUCUUGUAGUUAUGAUAGAAUUUUGUACCACAUAUUGAGCUGUACCACUUAAAUUUGUAUUUCUGUCUUUUUAGCGCUGCGGGUUAGAAUUUAGAACACGGUUCAGUGGUUUGUUAUCCUUUGAUUUUCAUCGAGUUCUGGAAGAGGCUUCUGCUCGCAGUCAUGUUGUAACAUUGUAAUCAGAUGUAAUUUUGCAGAUGUUUUGCCGUUUCAAGAAAUAAUCGGUUCUGAAUUCGUUUUU